GAGCCAGGACCAAGCUGUGCAUCUAUGCGCGGGCUUUAUCCAGCUUCAACGAGUACUCUUAGUUACGUGGAUUCAAAUGAUAUCCUCAGGUUUAAGAAUAUCGUGACUAAGCAAGAGGAACUAAUCAACCAGCUUCUAAAAGAUUGCAAAGAUAAUCUACAAAGAAUGGUUGAAGCUUUAGGAACACGAUUGGACCAUAUUGACGCCAAGCUGGCAGAAAUUGAUUUACAAAAUCAGAAUGGCCACAGACUGGCUAAUUAUGACGGCAAAAUCAUUUUGAGGAUUCAAGACUUUCAACAACAACUACAUAAUGCGAGGCGAGGCCGGGUUCGUUGGAUAUACAGUCAUCCCUUUUACACAUCAAAAUGCGGCUAUAAAAUGUGCCUAAAGAUCUAUCUCAACGGAAAUGGAAAAGGCAUGAGACAAAUAUCAGACAAACCACGGAUAUCAGAAUUACAAUGUGUGGAACCUUUUUAUGGCAUCGUUACCCUCAUGCUCAUUGAUCCCAACCAACCUGAUGCCGGGACCAACCGUCAGCAUUUGUCUUAUGUAGUCCAACCAAAUUCGACGUCGAGUUCGUUCAAAAAGCCUAUUUCAGAUAAGAAUAUAGGCAAUGGAGACCACGAGUUCGUGGCCCACAAAGCUCUCGGACCAUAUGUGAAGGACGACUCCAUUUUUAUUGGUGCAAUCGUCGAUACCACAGGGUUGGAAAAUUUUUGA